AAUGAAACAACACUACAUUAAUAUUGUUUUUACAGAAAAAACGAUUGAGCAUAAUGAGUUCGUCAGAUGGAGACACACUUCGUGACUGCUCACAGUCCAUUACAUCUCUUCCAUCAAGUCCAUUGUCUUCUUCUUACUCCACCUCUACCCAUUACCAGUUGUCAUCUAGUAUUGCAAGUAUGUCAGUGAGCGGAAAUGGGUUGCAAAGCGGACCGGAAUCGCAAUGCAGUAGCAAAAGUCAUUCCCCGGCAGGAUCAGUUACUAGCACUUUGACUCUGGCUGAAAGAACAGAUAGUACGGGUACACCAAGCAAAGGUUUUGAAUCUGUGGAAUCCGAAAUAGACAUGAAAGGAAAGAAAAUGGAACCAACACCAACAGCCGAUUUAGACCGAAGUAAUGAUAAAGUGUAUGAUUGCACUACACAAGUUGUAAGAGCAGUAAUGACACUGUCACAAGGUGUGCAACAAUCUCACGCCGAACAAUAUUUAGAAUUGGUUAGGAAUGUUGGCUUGGAAUUACGGUCACUUCUUGCCAGUGUUGACGCGAUCAUGCCUAUGUUUCCCUCUUCGGCACAUCGAGAAGUCGAGAUGGCACAUAAAGUUCUGUCAAAAGAUAUGACGGAACUUGUAACAUCCAUGAAACUGGCACAACAGUAUAGCAAUACAACAUUAGAUACAGAGUACAGAAAAGGAAUGCUGGGAGCAGCUCACGUAUUAGCUAUGGAUUCAAAGAAUUUAUUAGACGUCAUUGAUGCUAUUCGUAUUCGUUUUCCUCAAGUGGAUCACGAUUUUUGUGGUCAGUCUAAUGAAGCGGUAUCCAAUAACGAUAUAGUUUAUUCGUCAAACUUAAGCUUAUUACCCCCUCCAGCACCUUGCACUUUCGUACAAAGUCCCACAUACACUCAAAAAGUGCAUGCUAGUUCUAGUACAAGUGGAUCAAAUGUUACCACUAGUCAAAAUGCAGAUAGUUAGUUUAAUUAUUUAUAAUAUUUAGUGCAAAUAUCAAAAUUUUGUACAAUAGCUUGAAAAGUUACAAAGAUGUGAUGAAAAUGAUUGCAGCUGGAGAUUGAAAUCGUAGCAAAAGAAGUGGUCAUCAGUAUUUUAUUAUGAAUUUAAAAGUUGUUUUUUAACAUGUAAGGUUAAGUAUAGCGAUAUCGAUAUUAUACAAUUUGAUUACUUUUACAACUUUGAUAAUGUGUAAAUAGUAUUGAACCAAAGGUUAAAGCCACACAUUUUAUUUUAAAGACUGUUUUUAUAGUUUUUAUUGUCUUGUCUAAAUAUGAGCGUGUAUAAACCGUUAAUGAAAAGGUUUUUGAGUGUUGAAACAAAGUAUUGUGUAGUUGGUCUCCAAAUAACCAUAUCUGUAUAUUUUCGUUCUCCAUACAAAAUAUCAUGGCAGCCAGUUUUAUUUAAGUUUUGUUAUAUGUUAUAAGUAUGUACAUGACUGUACUGUGUGCAUUUACUCUUUUAUGCUUUUUAUGAAUAAAACAGUUUCCAAUAUA